AUGUACGAUGCCUUUCUAGAUUCCGCCGGCGAGUUUCAGCAAAUGUCGCUGCAACCUCAGACGAACGGCAAGGACGUUCAGGACGUGUACACCCACCACGGCUCCUACCCCGACUCGGCCGCCUCCAACUUUCACGCACUUCCUUUCGAAGCAUCCGAGUCGCAGCACAACCUGCAUUACACCACGGUCCCGCCGCCUUCCGUAUCCGUCAUGGACCAGCAGUACGCGCCCCAGAACGCCUUUCCCACCCCCCCUCUGCAGCAGGAGCCGCGGCAGGACUCGUCCCCGGGGGCCUACUCUACAGAUUCCUACCUGCAGCAAGAUCUCGCCGAUCUUCUGGGUGGCUUGAAGGUGAACGAGUUGGGAACAGCGCCCUAUCUGCGCAACAAGGCAUCGUUUCGACGUGAGGAGCAGCCGGCGAUUGAGGAUGAUGACGGCUUUGGGAGCGUUUUGACCCCCAUUGCCUCUGGCCCAGGCCACAAAGUUCGAAUCCCCCUGGAGUUGAUGCCGGACGACGCCUCGGCGCUGCACUAUUUUGAUCUCUACUUUGUCCACGUGCACCCUUACGUUCCCGUUCUCGACAAAGCUCAGUUCUAUCGCCAGUGGAGCACGGCUCGGGAGACGAUUUCACCCCUGAUUCUCGAGGCACUCUUUGCCAUUGGAAGCCGCUUGGCCGACGAUCCCACCCAGGGGCAGCAGUGGCUUGCUCUCGCUUCAAGACAUGCCGACGCCUUCAUGGACGUUCCCCGCUUGAGCACCCUGCAGGCUCUGUUGAUGAUUCUCAAGGCGCGGGAGGCGGCGCCGAAACGGGGCUACUACUAUCGCUCCUGGAUGACCGUCAUCCAGUGCGUCCAGAUGGGCAAGGAUUUGGGGCUCGAGGAGCACCACGACGAACACCAAGCCGGCCAGCCCUGCGAGCACAGCGCUGCGGAAUGCCAACUUCGCACCCGAAUCUGGCAGACGGUAUUUGUCUGCGAAGUCAUGGUCAGCACUCCUCAAGGCCGUCACAACUUGUCCGUCGACCUGGACUCUGUCGACUUUGACCUCCCCCAGCCAAUCGGCGGAGGUGGCGAUGACGAUCAUCUCGUUGCGCGGAAUUUUACCCACUUCGCUCGGCUCGUGCGCAACAUUGGCAAGAUGAGCAACGUCUACUCCAAGAUAAGGAGGAAAAAGGACUGGGGCAUGGACCCGGAGUUCCAGCAGCUGAGCCAGAGCAUCAAUUCGUUUCUGACCGAGCUGCCUGCCGACAUGUCGAUUACAUUUCCGCCCGACAAUUCGCCGCCGCUCCUGCCGUCCUCGUUUCUCGGAAACCUGCACUCGUACUACUACCUGGUCCUCAUCCUCUACUACCGCCCCGUGCUGUCCUUUCUCGACCCGGCUGCGAACGAGUCGCAGUGGAAGCAUCACAUGCUGAUCUGCUACAACUCGGCAAAGGCACUCUGCCGUCUUCAAGAGGCCAUGCUGCAGUCGUACGGCCUCACCGGGCUUCAGAGCAUGCAGAGAGGAUUCAGCUUUACCGUUUACGCCGGGCUAUCCUGCAUCGUCCUCCAUCUUGUGGCCAUCGUAUCGCCCGACCCUGACUUCAACACUGACGCACGCGAGUACUUUACUCGCCACAUGAGGAUACUGGAAAAGGCCAUGGAGGCGUGGCCGAUGCCGGAGCUUCAAAGGCAGGUCGACGCCGUCCGCGAAGCCUUUUCGGCCGAUGUCAGCAGGCCCUUUGUGCUCAAGCCAUCCUUUCCGUACGGAAGCCCACGUUCGUCGAGCCACUCGAGCCCCCCGCGAGGAAAGCAUGGGUACAGGUCGAUGGACAGGACGGGCUCCAUGGAUCAACACUUGGGGGCUGCGCAUGCCCCGACAAUGUCUUACUCGGGCCAUCCCAUGUCUCCGGUUUCGGCAGAUCCGGGCGACAGCAAGAGUGACUCGCCAAUCAUCCAGUCACUGGCCAUGAUGCCUGAAGGCCCAGCAUCGGAUAUUUCCAACGGCCUGGUGAUGGAGAGCAGCCAGCCCUCGUGGAACCCGGCUCGGAUCUUUGAGCAAUGGAACACGUCCUUUGGCGCUCCGACUCAUGCGGGGCAAGUCUCGCCGACUCAAACACAUCCGAUGAACAUUACCGCUUCCUCUUCGAGUGCCUCGGAAGUGUCGACAGUUCACGAUUUUCAGCAGGUAAAUUCGUCUAUUCCCCGGCAGGUGCCGGCGCAACAAUACUCCACGUCGGCACCUAUGCCACACUUCAUCACGCCGGCCAUGUGGCAGGAGUCGGUGGCGAGCGUUUACGAAGGUGGGCUCAAACGGUCCUGGGACUACGACGCGAUAGGGGUACCCAAGCGUCACUAG